CCCUGGAGUUUUCACGGAAGCCACCGGGUGCUGCUCCUACCUAGGCCGCUGCGCUCCGGCUGGGCUCCGCAGCUUCCCGCAGGUGAGCAGGUGAGCGCCCUGACACACCUGAUGCUGCGGACUAGGCGGCUGGCGCUCGGCAUCUCCACAGCGGGCUACCCUACGCAGAGAGAAGGAGGCGGCAGCCGGGGAUCUUUGGAAGACACAGUCUUUAUUCAUGUUCUGAGACUGUUGUUAGAUGGAACCAUGGAUCCUGCAGCGUUAAUGGAAGCCAUUGUGGAAGAAAUGAACUGUCCUAUCUGUAUGACCUUCCUCAGGGAGCCUGUGAGCAUCAACUGUGGCCACACUUUCUGCCACAGCUGUCUCUCUGGACUCUGGAAGCUCUCAGGAGAAUCCCAGGACUUGGGCUACACAUGUCCACUUUGUCGAGCUCCCGCACAACCAAGGAAACUACGUCCCAAUUGGCAGCUGGCCAGUGUUGUAGAUAAGGUCCGCCUGCUAGGCUUCUGUAUGGAAAUGGGACUGCAGACUGAUGUGUGUAAUCUCCACAAGGAACAGCUGACGGUGUUCUGCAAAGAGGAUGAUGUGGUAACCUGCAAGGCCUGUCACCAGUCCCCAGAGCAUGAAGCCCACACUGUUGCGCCCAUAAAGGAUGUUGCCUGGGAAUAUAAGUGGAAACUCCAGGAAGCUCUGGAACUUCUGAGGAAAGAACAGGAAGAAGCCUGGAAGCUGGAAGUCAGCGAGAAGGAGCGAGCUGCCAACUGGAAGACACAGAUGGAAACACGGAAGCAGAACAUCCUACGGGAGUUUGGAAAAUAUCGGCAGUUAUUGAAGGAAAAAGAGCUGCCGUGUCUGCAGGUGGACGAGGAGGCAGCUGCAGCUCAGGCUAGCCUAGAGCAGGAGGAGAGGGAGACAGCCAACAAACUGGAGUUGAGGCACGACAAGAUCAUCCAGCAGAGCCAGGCCCUGUGCAGGAUGAUUGUGGAGCUGGAAGAGAGAUCCCAGAGACCCGUGCACUGGAUGCUGCAGGGUGUUCAGGAAGCCUUAAAUAGGAGCAAAUCUUGGAGCCUGGAGCAGCCAGAACCAAUCUCCUUGGAGCUAAAGACAGACUGUCGUGUGCUGGGACUAAGAGAGAUCUUGAAGACAUAUGCAGUCGAUGUGCGCCUCGAUCCAGACACAGCUUACUCCCGCCUUGUCGUGUCCAAGGACAGAAAAAGUGUGCACUAUGGAGACACCAAGCAGAACCUACCUGACAAUCCUGAGAGAUUUUACCGCUAUAACAUUGUCUUGGGCAGCCAGUGCAUCUCCUCGGGCCGGCACUAUUGGGAGGUGGAGGUUGGAGACAGGUCUGAGUGGGGCCUGGGAGUGUGUAUGGAAAAUGUAGACCGGAAGGAGGCGGUCUGUCUGUCCCCCGACUAUGGCUUCUGGGUGAUAAGGCUGAGGAAGGGAACAGAGUACCGGGCAGGCACCAAUGAGUACCCCCUCUUGCCCUUGUCAGUCCCGCCGCACCGGGUAGGAAUCUUCCUGGAUUAUGAGGCCCAUGAGAUCUCCUUCUACAAUGUGACUGAUGGCGGCUCCCACAUUUUUACUUUCCCCCAUUGUCCCUUCCCUGGCCGCCUCCUGCCCUAUUUUAGCCCGUGCUAUAGUAUUGUCACCAACACCACCCCCCUCACCAUUUGUUCCCUGGAUGGGGAAGACUAGGAGAGCCACCAUCCUAGCCAAAUGUUGGAAUUUGCCCUGGGACACGGGGCUGCUGGAGGAUGCUGCCAUUGAUAAGCAUACCCCUGAACCCAGCUUAGAACCUAAGGGCCCCUCGGCCUGACCUCAUGGUAUCUUGCUGUUACACCAAACUGUCGGUACCUCUCACAGAAAAGCAGUCCCGUCAGAUAAGCGUUGUGACCCAUGAUGGAAACAUGACAGGGAUGGUGGACUUUGUCCAUUCUGCAGAUCACAACCCUCCUCACUGGCUCCCUAACUGUGUGCCAAUGAUGAAAUGAUUGCAGACUCCAGAGAAGAGUUUAAAUGAGGUUUCCCAAUGAGACAAAAUAAUAAUGUACAUGUCCAGAGCUGAUAGUCCUGGUGAAAGGGUGUUUCACAUGAGGCUUGCUGCUACCAAACGAACCCCAAGUCCAAAACUAAAGAGGCACAGUCUGUGCUUUCCCAGAGCACAAUGCAGGACUCACCCAGUAUCCUCACCUUACCACCUCCCUGAACUUGAGGGCUGGUGGAUCUGUGUCCUGGGCCUGUCUUUUCUCUAAGGGGCAGGAUCAGAAAAGUUGGGGGCCUCGGUGUUCAUUUUUACUUUGUGGAUGAGGAAACUGAAACAGCCUUAAGUUGUUUCCUACAGAGAUUUUGGAGGUGAGAUUUUAAAGGUUAUAAAUGAUUUUCAUAUUCAAAUGAAACGAAGUCAACAAACACCUCACAGAUCACAAAUCAGAGUGAUUCUUUACAUUCACGUCUGAAACGUGUUUGAGAGGAUUUGGGUGUCCUCUUUGGAAAAGUGGCUCUAAUCUGGUUUAAAAUAGCAUAUCCUACCUCACCAGUUCAUUGUAAAGUCACAAAAUCCAUCCCCUACUUGUGUUCUCUGUAGAGAGAGGGCAAACAAUAGAUUCUGCGUGUGGCAACCAUCCACCUUUGCCCCAGGCAGCCAGAACCUUCAUAUCAGCACCUUUGCUCCUUAGGGCCCCUCCCAGCAGUCUAGAGCCCUUUAAACAAAAAGAUGGCCAUGUCACACUGUGUCACAAGGGCACACUGACAUGUGGCCACAGAGGUAUAUCAUGUAUCUGGUUACAUGUGUUUGUCUCUGGGUUAGAGUAAGGUCUGUGACCCUAAAAUCAAAAAACGAGAUAUUAGCAGGGAAGAAGAAAUAAAGUCAACAGGAAGGAAGGAAAGCCCAUCCAGCAGCUAGUUGGUGUUACAUUAGUAUCUUCUGAUGCCAUCAGGGGAGUCUACAUGGUUCUUGUAACUGUAACAUUCUCUUUGAAGGUGUAGGGGAGAGAAAUGUAGGGAGAGAAUCCCACUAAACAAAAGUCAACCUAGUCAGAUGAAAGGAAUAAUGAACAGGAAUUAAAAUUGUACACGGAA